CGACAGUACCGGUGAAGGUACCACGUGCGACCUCAGAUGGUGUUGUUGAUGGUGAUGUUUAUGUUGGUGGUAUCGGGUCAAUAUGUGAUUCAUCUCGCGAUCGGAAAUUAAUUUGCCUAAUAUUAGGCGAGGCCGGCACUGAAAUUGAGGCUAUGGAAAAUAGGUAUGACGUGUCAUGCCUAACAGGACGGUUGGUAACUCUGCCCGGGGGACGAGACAAAGAAGGAAGACCUAUAAUUUUAAUCACCAUCCCAACUGACUUACCUCAAAUUGAUGCUGUUCCGGCACUUCAAUACUUACUUUCUCUAUUCAGCAAAGCUAGUCGUUCAAGAAGCUUAACGGUGAUUAUUGAUGCCAGGAAGGGACCUUGGAAAGUUGCAAGGUCAUGUAUUCGACAAGUCAAUGUCGUCUUUUCUCCGGAUGAACUUUCAAAAUUGAUAGUUUUGAGGCCCGAUGCCUUCUGGGAUAAGCAGAGGGUUGAAAAUUGUACUUCAUCAUCUAACGAGAAGCAGGUAAAUUUAUUAGAUUAUUUUUUUACGGUAGUUUUUUAG